AUGUUCGAUAUUACUCUAGGUAUUCCAUCAAGUCAUCAUUCAGUCAAUACAAUUUAUAUUUUACUCAUAAGUACAUUAGCUAUUUCGAUUGCAUUUAGUUUCGCUACAUGGCUUCGAAUGUUAAUGGUAUUGAUAAAGUCACCUAAAUCAAAAAUUAUAAAAUUUUCAGAUCAUUCAUCACGUUUGAAUGAAAGUUCUCUUUAUCGACUUAGAAAAGAAGUUAGCCGAUUGUCAUAUAUUAUCAAAACAGUUGAAGCUUUUUUAAGUAUUAAUACUCGUCUUGUUGUUCUUAUUGAUGGUUUAGAUGUUUGUGAACAGCAACGUAUCCUUCAAAUACUCGAUCAAGUACAUGUACUUUUGACAAAAGAAAAUGAUCCAUUUGUUACAUUGAUUGUCUGUGAUCCACAUAAAAUGAUUCAAGAUUCGAAACCAAUAAUGGCAAUGUCACAAUCAACAAAUCAACAUUCAACUUUUGAUUUUGGUGUUAAUGUUCAUGAUUAUCUACUAUCGAUUAUUCAACUUCCAAUCUAUUUACAACUAAAUUUAAGUAAAACAAAACAAUUAAAAAAAAAUGCUGAUGGCUUUCCAAAAAGAAGACUAACGACUCUCACUAAUGGUACAUCAGUUCUCGAUGUAAGUGCAAAACCAAUGACAGCCAAGAAACUUUCAAAAAAUAAACGACGUCGACAACGACGAGAUACAUUACCAAAUACUAAACCAGUAUCAACAUCAGAGUUGACUCAUCAAUUACUUCAAUCUGAUUACUUUCUUGAUAUAAAUCCGCGAAUACUUCAACGAUUGAUUAAUAUAAUUGCUAUGACGGGUCGACUCUUACGUGCUAAUCAAGUAUUAUUCAGUUGGAAACGUCUUGGAUGUUGGUCAUAUUUAGUAGAACAAUGGCCAUAUCGUAUUUCUUGGAUUGUUGUAUAUUAUGAAGAUCAUGAACAAGAUUAUGCAGAAGAUACUGAACUCAAAACUCUCUAUAAUAAAAUUAAACCAUUUAUUCCAAUAACGAAUGAUCCUCUUUUAGAACUUGACCGUAGUGCACGUAAAUUUGAACUUUGUAUAGAACAAAGUGAACCUAUUUUGAAUGUUACUGAUUUAAAACAAUUUCUACCAUGUACAUGUAAUCUCGACCCAUAUUUGAAUAAAUUAAUUCGAGAAUCUGUAGCCUAUUUUUACAUGAAUAAUACAGAUGAAAAUGGUUUUAUUCAUGGUGAUCCAUCGCGUUUUUUUUCUCCUCGUGAUUCUACGUUCACUGGAUAUGGUGGCUUUUGUCCACAAGCAGUAACAUCACGACAUCAAGGCGAAUAUUAUCCAAAAUUCAAGCUGCCUGGAGCGGACUUUACAGGUGAUUGA